AUGACAAAAAACAUUUGUAUUUUUCCAAGGGAUACAAGCCAAACAAAAAAUAAAAUUAAAUGUUCAUUAAAUAAUAAAGGAAUUGCUUUUUGGGAAGAACCAAAAAUUGUUUGCAAAGCCCAAGAAUGCCAGGAUCCUGGAAUUCCUCUAAAUGGAUUCCGUUCAGGCGAUAAUCUUCAAUUUCCACAUACAAUCGAGUUUUCCUGUGCUCCCGGAUUUAAUUUAAUUGGAUCGGCACAGAGAAUGUGUACAAGUGUUGGGGAAUGGAGCGGGGAACAACCAUUAUGCAAGCGUAAGAAAAUUUUUAAUUUAACCUUACUAUAG